CGAGCAUAAUGAUCCGCGUCGCGAUUUUUUACAGAAAACUCCUCGUUAAAAUAAAUAAAUUCAAUUAUUUCAAAACUCUGAGAACUGGCGUAAAUUAGAUGUGUCCAUAAAUUAGUGUUAUUAGACGGAUGAAAUAAUAAAGAGAUCUGUAACAACAACUUAAAGCUAGAUUUUUAAACCGCGAUCAUGUGCUAAGUGAUAGUGAAAAUAACCGCCUAUAACAAUUAGUGCAGAUUGGAUACCGCAGCAAACUCUUGCAAACUGAAUUACAGUUAUUGGAGCAAAUUUGCAAGUAGAUUGGAUAUAAAAAAUAUUUGCGGAAACCGAUCAGUCGGCAGAUGAUCUCCGUCGAGCAGACUGGAACGAAACGAAUAUAAUUUCAUUACAAUGAAACAUAAACGAUACUUAUAAACUGAUAUACAUAUAAAAUUGUGCCAUAUUAUAAUCGUGAUAAAACUCUUAAUCCAUUGUUAGUGAUUGGAAAUCACGAGUGAUCGAAUUAUUGAUAUUUUUUAAAUUGAAAUCUCAAUUUGUGAUAUAACGUGUAAAUAUGGAAUCUCCUGGAACUAAAGAAGAUCAGACAUUAUUGUCACCGAAUUGGACACAAGUUCCUCAAAUAGCAAAUGGAAACACUAGUUUACCUGGUUCCUUUUACCCUAGAACACCUUCAGGAUCUCUAGGCAAGAGGAGCCGAGGACCAUACAGAAUAGGAAAUAACCGCAAAAUUCGACGAAGAGCUGUACUGAAAAACGGCGAUUGCAACGUUUUACAAUCAAGAUUAUCUAGACGUCGUUUACGAUUCUUGCAAGAUAUUUUCACCACUUUAGUAGAUACCCAAUGGAGAUGGACACUUCUUGCGUUUGCCCUGAGUUUCAUACUCUCUUGGUUGGCAUUCGCUGUGAUCUGGUGGCUGAUAUCCUUCACUCAUGGCGAUUUAGAAGAAGCACAUUUACCGCAACACCAGGACGAAAAUAAUUGGGUACCGUGUAUUUUCAAUAUACAAAGUUUCACAUCUUGCUUCUUGUUCAGCGUGGAAACUCAACACACAAUUGGUUAUGGUGUCCGAACAACGACAGAGGAAUGCCCAGAAGCCAUUUUCAUGAUGUGUUUGCAAUCAAUCGUCGGCGUUAUGAUUCAAGCUUUCAUGGUUGGUAUAGUUUUUGCUAAAAUGACCAGACCCAAACACCGUACUCAAACCUUGCUCUUCUCCAAAUGCGCUGUAAUUUGCCAACGCGACGGUGAAUUAUGUCUGAUGUUCAGAGUUGGUGACAUGAGGAAAAGUCACAUCAUUGGAGCAAGUGUACGCGCACAAUUGAUCAGAUCUAAGACAACAAAAGAAGGAGAAGUUCUAUCCCAAUUCCAAACGGAAUUGGAAGUCGGUGCAGAUGACUGUGAAUCAGACUUGUUCUUCAUUUGGCCGAUGACCAUCGUCCAUCGUAUCAAUAGCGACUCUCCCAUGUACGGCUUAUCUGCCGCUGACUUGUUGCAGGAAAGAAUUGAAAUCGUGGUUAUUUUGGAAGGUACUAUUGAAUCUACAGGACAGACCACACAAGCUCGAUCAAGUUACAUCAAUACGGAAAUAUUGUGGGGCCACAGGUUCGACCCAGUCGUCAACUACAAUAAAGAAAGACAAUGCUACGAAGUCGAUUAUUCGAGAUUUAACGAAACUACCCAAGUCGAUACUCCUUUGUGCUCGGGUAAGGAAUUAGCAGAAUUCUACAAAGUCCAGGACGAAUACAGGGCAAAUGGCAAAAAAUUAUCACCGAACGCGGAGUUCGAAAGCCGCUGGAACGCCCUUCAAUGCAUGGUGUUCGACACGCACCCAUUUUUAGAGCAGGCCAGAGACCGCGGUCGCAGGGCCUCGGUGAAGGGCUCUCUGUCGCAGCACCAAUUGCCCUGCGUGCCGGUGCCCUUGCCAGACUUGGACACCGAAUCCGUGAAAUCGAAUCCGAGAUAGUUGAAGAAAAUAUUUAUGAAGAAAUUUGAAGACUUUAUAUGGUUGGACUUGAACAAAUUUAGUGUUAUCUAGUGUGUAUUAAGUGUUAUUUUGGUACGUGUGUUAGAUGUAUUUAUACUCUUCGUAAUUAUAGGUAAUAAAAAUCCAAAUCGUUUAUAAAUAAUUGCCUAU